GAAUUUGGUUUCAUUCCACAGGGAAUACACAUGAAAAUGUCAGUGCCCUGAGAAUAGCAGUUAAAAGGACUUGGAAUUUUUUGGCCUUUUUAUCACAAGCCCAUGCGUCCAUGAAUUUGGUAUUGGUAGAAAUCUGGCAGUUUGGAGGAACCUCUGAAUAAUCAUCUGAAUAAUCUUACUCCCAAGGAACAGCUAGGGUUGUAGGCAUGGCGCUAGAAAUGUGCCUUCAGGAGGAAGUAACUCUCUCAUCUUAGAGGGUGGUGCUUUCCAGGGCAUAGAUGAUGCAUGUUUAGUUAAUCUGGGAAAACUGGGCUUGCUACUGCUGAUGUUUCAUUUUUUUAUGUCUAACUGGAUGACUUUAAUCUCCGAUUUCGUAAAUCUGGCACUUUAAACAGGAAUAAAAUUGCUCCAAAAAUAUAUUAGCCAAAGUAAAUAUUUACACAAGCAGUAAAAACGUUAUUGUAUUGCAAAUCUAGUGUCAGAAUAAGCAGGGGAAGUUAAGCACAUUGGCUGCGGAUAUUUAGUGAUUUUUACACCUCUCAGGACAAAACACGGUGGUUUUGGUGUGGGGAGAGCAUUGGUGGGAUUGUCAUUGCCACUCUCCAGUGUUGUUCACCUGCUCAUAUGAUAACAGCCUAAUUAAGCAUCCUUGAGAGGUUCACUGUUCAUAUUUCAGCUGCAGCUGGAGUUGUUUGUUUUCCUUUGUGUGCUGUAAAUGCUCGCAUGCCAUCAGAAGCACAAGUUGAUGACUGUGUUAUUACCUGGGGUUAAGUGCUGUCUCAUUGCUUCCCAGGCUGCCUGCUGUUUCCCGGGGAGAUCAUGAAACGACAUCGGCUUCCUAGCAGCAGUGAGGACUCUGACGACAAUGGCAGUCUGUCUACCUGGUCUCAGCAUUCCAGAUCUCAACGUCGUAGGACUUCAUGUUCCAGAGACGAAGACCGGAAACCUUCUGAGGUGUUCAGAACGGACCUGAUCACUGCCAUGAAGUUACAUGACUCCUUCCAGCUGAACCCUGAUGAAUACUAUGUGCUGGCAGAUCCCUGGAGGCAGGAGUGGGAAAAGGGAGUUCAGGUGCCAGUUAGCCCAGGGACCAUCCCAGAACCAGUAGCCAGAGUUGUGUCCGAGACAAAAGCCGUCACCUUCACGCGUCCCAGGAAAUACAUCGUUUCCUCGGGCGCGGAGCCUCCGGAGCUGGGCUACGUGGACAUUCGAACCCUGGCAGACAGCAUGUGCCGCUAUGACCUCAAUGAUGUGGAUGUAGCAUGGCUGCAACUUGCCAAUGAAGAAUUCAAAGAGAUGGGGAUGCUGGAGCUGGAUGAGUACACCAUGGAAAGGGUGAUGGAGGAGUUUGAGCAACGCUGCUACGAUAACAUGAACCACGCCAUCGAGACGGAAGAAGGGCUGGGGAUUGAAUACGAUGAGGAUGUCGUCUGUGACGUCUGCCAGUCUCCAGACGGAGAGGACGGCAAUGAAAUGGUGUUCUGUGACAAAUGCAAUAUUUGUGUGCACCAGGCGUGCUACGGGAUCCUGAAGGUGCCCGAGGGCAGCUGGCUGUGCCGGACCUGCGCGCUGGGCGUCCAGCCCAAGUGCCUGCUGUGCCCCAAAAAGGGCGGCGCCAUGAAGCCCACCCGGAGCGGCACCAAGUGGGUGCACGUCAGCUGUGCUCUCUGGAUUCCGGAGGUGAGCAUCGGAAGCCCUGAAAAAAUGGAGCCCAUCACAAAAGUUUCCCACAUUCCCAGCAGUAGGUGGGCACUGGUGUGCAGCCUUUGUAAUGAAAAGGUUGGAGCUUCUAUACAGUGUUCAGUGAAAAACUGCAGAACAGCCUUUCACGUCACCUGCGCGUUUGACCGCGGCUUGGAGAUGAAGACCAUCUUGGCAGAGAACGACGAGGUGAAGUUCAAGUCGUACUGUCCCAAGCACAGCUCCACCAAGAAAGCAGAUGCUGAGACUUCGAGUGACAGCCCAGGGCAGGAGAACAGGAAUGGGAUUCAGGACACCUCUCUUCCUGCCCACAUGGACCCUUUCCACAGCAUGGAUCAAAACCAGGAGGAGGCCCACAGGGUCAGCCUCCGCAAGCAGAAGCUCCAGCAGCUGGAGGACGAGUUCUACACGUUCGUCGAGUCUUUGGAAGUGGCCAAAGUGCUGCGGCUGCCUGAGGAGCCGGUGGAAUUCCUUUACCAGUACUGGAAACUGAAGAGGAAAUCCAAUUUCAAUAAGCCUUUGAUUACCCCAAAGAAGGAUGAGGAGGACAAUCUGGCUAAACGGGAGCAGGAUGUUCUGUUCAGGAGGCUGCAGCUCUUCACGCACCUCCGGCAGGACCUGGAGCGGGUGCGAAACCUCACUUACAUGGUGACGCGGAGAGAGAAAAUCAAGAGAUCUGUUUGCAAAGUUCAGGAGCAGAUAUUUAACAGCUACACAAAGCAGUUGGAACAAGAAAGAGUUUCAGGUGUGCCUUCCUCCUUCGCCUCCAUGGAGAACACGGUGUUGUUCAACAGCCCGUCGCUGGGCCCCAACGCCCCCAAGAUCGAGGACCUGAAGUGGCACUCUGCGUUCUUCAGGAAGCAGAUGGGCACAUCUCUGGCCCGCUCCUUGAAAAAACCGCACAAGAGAGACAGGGUAAGAGACAAGUCUGGGAAUGACAGCAGAUCCCUGCUGAGGCAGCCCAGCCCGAGGGAAGGAGGCGCAGAUCCAGGCAGCUUUUUAAAUUUUGACAAGACCUUUGCUGAGACACGGAUUGUAUCGGCACAGCAGAAAAACGGCGUCGUCAUACCAGAGCACAGGAAGAGAAGAGACAAUCGCCCGCAGUGCGAGGUGGCGAAGGCAGAGCUGAAGGAAAAGACUUCUAAACACAACCACAAACUGCUGAGACCCACGGAACUCUCUCAGAGGCAAUUGGAAAACAAAAGGGCUGUGCACCACUCCGGUGGUAGGUCAGCGCCUGGCACUCGGAGGGAUAUAGUGCCUAAAUGUAACGGGGGUCUGGUCAAAGUAAACUCUAAUCAGACAGUAGUUAAAGUGCCUACCACGCCCACGAGCCCAGGGAAAAACUGGGGCGGAUUCCGAAUUCCAAAGAAGGGGGAGAGGCAGCAGCAGGGGGAGAGCCUGGAGGAGGCCUGCCGCCAGAACUCCGGCUACCCCUACCUGGGCGUGGGCAGAGUUCCAGCGAAGGAGCGGACAAAAAGCAAGUUAAAGCCUGACAGCGAGAACGAUGGCUAUGUCCCCGACGCCGAAAUGAGCGACUCGGAGACGGAAGUGGCUGAAAAGAAGUGCAGGCAGCAGAGGCUCAGUCCCAACAGCAGCAUCGGCAGGAGGACGGACAUUAUCCGGAGGAGCAUCCUGGCGACCUGACUGGACACAGGGACGGGGUCAGUAGAGUCACUGCCUACAAGCCAACUCUACCUUACCCAUCGGUGUGAGAGAGGAGCAUUCUUAGACCGAGCUACAGACUGACAAACUGAAAGCCCAUAUUUUUCUGAGUUGUAUAAAUAUGUUUACACGCACUUAAAGCUGUUUUAAGCUCUUUGUUUUUGUUUUUUUUGUUUUUCUUUUUUUCUCCUCUUCCCCAUCCACACCCCCUUCCCCAUCCCAUUUCUGUGAGAAGUUUGAGUCUCCCUUAUUUGCAACUUUCCUGAGUAAGCAGAGAAGUGACAUCAUUAGUAAAACAGGAGUUGGGAUGCACGCAAUUCACAAAAAUCUUUUAAAAGGGGCUAGGGUGGGUAGGAGGAAUCGGGCUGCGUUCAUCCUUUCUAGCUAAAAGGCACUGAAAGUUUUACUCCCUUCCCCUGACUUCUGGAAAAGCACAAGCUCUUAAUUUAACUCGUGUGUAUUGAAUGGAGGAUGGUUGUUAGACCAUAUUGCAAUGCACUGCACUGCUGAAUCCCAUUACAGAUGCUCCCCGUCCCUGGGCAGGGGCAGCUUUCUCCUCUCUUUGCAGAAUGUGUUCUGUUGUGUUCAGUUUGAGCGCAGGUGGCAGCUCAAACCCUCCCUGUGCUCCAGAGUUUACAUGUGAAUGAUGACCAGGCACAGGCACGAUGUUGCACUGGAGGAGGAGGAGGAAGGGAUAGGGCAGGGCUUGAAAGAUUGGGACUGCCACAAAGGAUGUUCCCAAAUGGCUCAAUUCUGAGCAAGGGGCAGGUGUGGGGGUGCCAGCACUCCAUGGAAUAACCUGUCACCCAUAGCCAGGCACCUGCCUUGGGGAGUGUGAUGACAAUGCCAGACAGAAGUUUUCUAUGGCACUAGGCAGGAGGAUUUCCCAAAGGCCACCACAGAUGCACUAAUGAUAUGUACUGAGAGAGUCAGGCUUAUGACACUAAAAGGUUGCUUUAAAUGGAAUGAAUAUAUAUUUUUAAAUAUGAUAAAAUGCAAAGGCAAUACAUUGUGAUUAGCUCUUUACAGUCAAGCAAAGAAAAAGCUAUUUCAUUCUAUUAUGGACUAGAUUUGAUGGAAAAGGGAACUCAUAUUCUGAUUGUGUACUUUUUUAAUAAUUGCAAGUGGCAAUAAUGAGUAAGAUGUAAGCAAUAAUAUGAACAGGUUGUGAGAUACCGUUUUGUACCGAGUGGAGCGCACGCAUCACCGUGGAGCAUUAGGAGCCUGUACAUUUUGGAAUUUUUCGUAAAUGUAGGAGAGGUAUGUACUGGUGAAAAAGUUUUGGCAGCAUUGUGUUAACAGAGAGACAGGCAUAAAGAACCUCCUUCUCCUUCCCUUUCCCACUCCCAGCCUGCUGUUAGGGCAUCCACUCACCUUGGAAUGUCUGACCCUUGCUCCCCGAGGUGGGAACACUUGACAACACAGAAUCCUCUGCAGUAGGACUGAGGAUUCAAUCAGAAAACAAAAAAAAGGCUUAGCACCCUAUCUUGCUAUGCAAGUUAACAUUAUCAAUUAAAUAUUUCACCAGAAUGCAUCCCUGUUUUAAAACUCAGAAGUCUUAACCUUUUGAGGAAGGGGAAUUUUAUGUAGGAUAAUACACUUUCAAAAUCCUCUUGCUGGUCCCAAAAAGUCAGAGUAAUUGGCAUGACUUACAGAGGUGAAAGGCAGGGCACUGGUGACUGAGGUUACAUAGUCACUCUUGGGGUGUGUUCAAAGUAUAAACAGCAGACAGACAAAAGGUAAAAGCCAGCAAGUCCUACUCAACAUCCAGCAACAUUCUCCAGACAGGCACUGGUAUUUUCCUGAAGAAAUAAGCUCAUGACCACACAGGAAUUGUCAAGCCAUAGAUGGAAUACCCUAACUUUGGAUUCUGAGUAAACCUUUAACCUCACACCCCCUGGACAGAGGUACCUUGUUAAUUUGCACUAUUAUGAACACUAACGUUGUGCAGAGUGAAUGCCUUAGCUGCUUUGUCCCCUGGCACUGAGGGUGAAAAGCUUUGUGAGGUUUCCAGUGGAGCUGACCCCAAACCAAAAAGGCUGCGGUACGACCAGCUCUGUAGGUUAGUUUUGUCCUUGUGCUCAGCCCUCAGCAGGAGGUGUUGUAGGUACUGCAGUGACAAACCCACCCCCGUGUUUUACUGGGGUUUGCUGGAUUUCUGUUUCCAAGCGUGACCUUUCCUUGUGCUGACUGACCAAGAGAUCUUUGAUAUGAUCCGUGUGUUCUGUCCAACCGUAGGCUAGUUGAGCGUCUGUAGAGUUGCCUGGAAUGCCAUUUGUUAGGUUAUAAACUCACACAGAUCUAAAUGAAGGGUUCAUGUUGUGUACAAAUCUUGAUUUCAGAAGUUCGAGACAAUUGUGAUGACAUUUGUAAAACUUGUACAGAUUUUUCACUAUGUGCCUAGCUUUGGUGUCCAUUCAGCUGAAAUAAAAAAAAAAAAAGGUGCAUGAAGAGAAACAGAAAUAAAAAAGUAUAUGUAGAGAUGACUAUUUUAUAUUACAUGGCCCAAUCCUGUAUUUAUUUUCUCCCUUUUUUGAAGUAUUUCUAAAGACCUAGUUGAAACAGCUGUAUUUUUUGUUAAAAUAUUCCGUAGAAUUGUGCCUUUUGUCUGUAUGUGAAUAAAUGCUGUACAUUUUUGCAGUAUCCUUG